UUAAGUUAAAAAAACAGCUGAAAGUGAAAGUGUGAAACUCAAUUGGAACUAAAACCUUGGAUUUUGUGCUGCCGGGAAACCAAAGUUUGAAAGCGGCAAUGGCAAAGACGCCGAUAGGGCUAGAACCAGUGGUGGGAUCCCUAUCAUCCUCUAAGAAGAAAGAAUACAGAGUCACUAAUCGACUCCAAGAGGGCAAACGCCCCCUGUACGCCGUCGUUUUCAACUUCAUCGACUCUCGUUACUUCAACGUUUUUGCUACCGUCGGUGGUAAUCGGGUGACGGUAUACCAAUGCCUCGAAGGAGGUGUUAUAGCUGUUUUGCAGUCUUAUGUUGAUGAAGAUAAGGAUGAGUCUUUCUACACUGUAAGUUGGGCCUGCAACAUUGAUGGUACACCAUUUGUGGUUGCUGGAGGUAUUAAUGGCAUAAUCCGUGUAAUUGAUGCGAGCAAUGAGAAAAUACACAAGAGUUUUGUUGGACAUGGUGACUCUAUAAACGAAAUCAGGACUCAGCCACUGAAACCAUCACUUAUAGUGUCUGCAAGCAAAGAUGAAUCGGUUAGAUUGUGGAAUGUUCAUACUGGAAUCUGCAUUCUGAUAUUUGCUGGAGCCGGGGGACACCGCAAUGAAGUUUUGAGUGUGGAUUUCCAUCCUUCAGACAUAUAUCGAAUUGCAAGUUGCGGGAUGGACAACACUGUAAAGAUUUGGUCAAUGAAAGAGUUCUGGACUUACGUGGAGAAAUCAUUCACAUGGACGGAUCUUCCUUCAAAAUUUCCAACAAAAUACGUACAAUUCCCUGUGUUCUUAGCUUCAGUUCAUUCAAAUUAUGUGGACUGUAAUCGGUGGCUUGGAGAUUUCAUUCUGUCAAAGAGUGUUGACAACGAAAUAGUGCUAUGGGAACCAAAGAUGAAGGAGCAAUCUCCAGGAGAGGGAACGGCUGACAUCCUUCAAAAGUACCCUGUCCCGGAGUGCGACAUUUGGUUCAUCAAAUUUUCUUGUGACUUUCAUUACAAUGCUGCUGCUAUAGGGAAUAGAGAAGGCAAGAUUUUUGUCUGGGAACUGCAAAGUAGCCCUCCUGUUCUCAUUGCCAGGCUAUCUCAUGCACAGUCAAAAUCUCCAAUUAGACAAACUGCCACGUCCUUUGAUGGAAGCACCAUUCUCAGUUGCUGUGAGGAUGGGACGAUAUGGCGAUGGGAUUCUGUCCAGACCAACUGAUCAUCCUCCUGUAAGUUGGCCAAAAGAACAUCACCAAAGCAUGUUUUGGUCCGUUGUGCAAUGCUGCCGUUAAUUGAUUUUUAGAUUAUGUAGGAAAGUAGCUGAAAAACAAACAUGUCGAACUGCCUGUCUUGUCUUCUCUUAUUCCAACCCCAAAAUGUCGAAACCAGAAUUGGCCACAUCUUUGUAUCCUUGAAUCUAGUCAUACUUCUUUUCAAGCAAGCAACUGCCGUCACAAAAUUUAUGAAAUAGAAAUUAUUUAUGUAUUAAAAUUUGUAUAAAUCUAAAAUACUUUUAAUAGGUUAAA